AUGGCACACCAUCGACGCUCGCUUGAUCCGGACGAAUCUGACUCCUCUUUUUCACCAGAGAUUGAGAGCUGCUUCGAUGAGGAUGAAGCGGAUCUGUCUGGUGAGGAAACUGAGGCAACCGACCUUGACGUCCAACAAGAUGAUGAUCUGGACUUUGAAGAUCAAAUCCAACUUUUUGGUGGAAAUAUACAUCCGCCUGAAUAUUACCGGAGGGGCAUAGAAGAAUUCAAUGAAAGCUCUUUUGUUGGCGAAGACUACAGCCCCGGGAGUACAAUACUCUUGGACGCGAUAGAGCUGUGGUGGCAGCAAUUUUGCAAUGAAGUUCUAUCGCGUGACCCUCACGCUUGCUUCGAGUCGAUCUCCAUAGGCAUGCUCUAUAAAUUCUUUGAAUGGCGGCUGAACCAAAGGGCGGGCAAGGACGGGAGAAAAUUGAGAGGCACCACAAAAAGCAGCUCGUUGGGCACAGCCUGGAAAGUCUUCCGACUUGUAUAUGAGCGGGCUGUUGGUGCGAAGCUCGAUCCAAAAUUGAAUCGUAAUAUGCACAAGGUCCUCCGAGAGCUUGCAAAAAAACACGAACUUAGCGACCAGAAGAGAGCUAAUCGUUGCAUGACUAUUAACGAUUUGAAGGAGCAGAUCGAGACAACGCUCAGCACCACAAAGAAGUCGUUUGACAUUGGAGAACACCGAAUUCUGGCUGUGCUUUUCCUUCUCUUAUUGGCUCCUGCAGGCUCUCGCCCAACGUCCAUCCUCCGGCUUCGCUUUGGGGACAUCCGAGUGGCCUUGGCGAGAGAUCCGGAGGGUGGACCACACAAGAUCUUAAUUCGAUUCACGUUGGAGUUCACAAAAUCAUACCUUGGUACUAAGGAUACCAAAACAUUUACCAUCCCCGAGAUGAUGUUCGAUCCGUCUUUGCUCCUUAGUCCCCAUGCCUUUCUGCUGGGCAUUCUAUUUCGCCACCAAGCAUUUCGCGCAUCCCAUCUCACCUCUCCUAGGCAACUAGAUGAGCUGGACAUACAUCCCGGCGAGCGGGAGCUACCCUUGCCUCUAAGAAGUGAUCUGAAAGAGGUAUGCAUAUUUCGUCGCGCUGUCAAAACAUUGACGGGGUAUGAAAUGUCAGCAACGAAGACCAUCACAAAUGGCAUGAUGGCGAGCUGGAUUAAGAGAGUGGGUGAAAUCAUGGGACUUCAGUACGAAACAAUACCGUACAGCCUGCGCUAUAACGCAGCCAACGAGUUUGACCAAAGCCCCGACAUGAGCGAGGCGCUCCGGAAUCUCUCCCUUGACCACGCCAACUCCGUCCCGUUCCAAAAACAUUAUCUUGGCCGCGUUGUCCGUGCUGACCCAUGGGCCAUUAUCCGUCGCGAGAAGCCACAGCAGGCGCUUAUAGAUCAGGCUUGCAGCAUUGGUCAUUCAAUGAGCAAACGCCGGCCGACGGGCCUCACGGCCGAGCAAUCGGCGUCCGUCGCAUCAGAUUCCAAAGUUCGACGGCUUACUGCCCAGCUGCGAAAAUUACGCCCAGGAUCUGAACAGCAUAAGAAAACACACCGCGAGUUGCGAUCACUAAAACAGAGGCUGAAGAGAGAACUGAAACAGAAGAUUCGGGACGACUGGACUGACGAACAGGCCGUGGUGGACAUUGAACGCCAACUCCAAGGAGUCGGCUUUGCAGAACCAUGGGUGGAUAAUGCAAUCCGUCCCCAGCGGCCGGCUCAAAAGUUGCUGGUCGAGGCCCUAAAGACUCCAGUCGAUGAUACUCUUGAGGGACAGUAUCAACGCAGGGACAACGCGAUUGAGGCCAUAGUUGCAUACUGCAGCAUCGAAGAGGGGCCAACAAUACGCCGUACUCAUGUACUGCGAACGACACCAGUCUCGAAUGAGAAUCUUCGUGAGCACCCGGAAGACAGUCCACUGUUUCUCGCGACUAUGUCUGUUUUUAUUGACAAUCCCAAACAGAGGCCUAGGAGGUGUUUCCUCUGCAUUGGCAAUGCACUCUCAUUGCCAUCAGACGACCCGCGCGUAGAAGACAAGAUUAGCGAAUUCUACACGCCAGGAGAUUUGAGUAAACACUUCCGUCGAAGACACCUAGCGCAAUUGCGGGACAACGAUCAGCCAUUCAUGGAACGGUCUCCUGAGACCCCUACCGCAAACCGAUCGAUUCUUUCUGCAGUCAAGACUAUCAAGAUGUUUAGAUCCUGGGGAUAA